UACUCGGGUUCUCUCUCUCUAAUUCGGUUAAUCUCUCUUUUCCCCCAUUUCUCUCUCUAAUUCCGGUGUCAUCGCAACAAGUCGUGGAUGCCGAGACGUCCUCUCGCUCUCUCUCCACCGUGGGUACUGCCGGAAUCCGCACCGUAACACCACCGACGAACAACCCAGCCUCACCCUGCUGCGACACCGUGAAUCACCACAUUUCAGCCUUUCAAACAGUGCAUAUAGAUACUUAAUACUGUUGAUCGGGUAUUAUAUGAUGGAAGUUCGACAUGAUGGAGAUAUGAUUGUAAGGAUAUAUGAUAUAAUUUCCAAACAUGAUGUAGCUCGACAUGAAGGAUCACAAGGUCCAGCGAGCUAACGACUCCACCCACCGCUAUCAACCAUCUCUUCUCCUCCAUCUCUAGUUCUCUUCCAAUAUUGACUCAUGGAGACCGACACAUCUAUCUCCUAACGAAGCAAAACUUGUAGGGGGCUGAUUUGAACUCUGAAGUUGAGAUCUGUGGAAACGAAAUAUGGGUGACAACAAUAGACUGGAGGAUAGGCCGGGUAUUUUCGUAGUCGGAUCCUCCAACGUUGGCAAACGGACCCUCCUCUCCCGAUUAAUGUCUGUGGAUUUUGAUGAUGCUUGUGAUUCAUCGUCUGAAGUAGUUGUCCAUGGCUGGAUCAUCCACACAAAGUACUACACGGCUGAGGUUUCUGUAUGUAUGGCUCAUCUCCAUGAUGGGUUCUCUAUUGGGACACUGCCAAUGUUCGACCGGUUGGCUGCCUUGGUGAUGGUUUUUGAUAUGAGUGAUCUGUCGUCAUUUGUUGCACUUCAGGAUUGGGUAGCUUGCACUGAUAUUCAGAAUUUUGAGAUAUUAUUAUGCAUUGGUAACAAGGUGGAUCUCCUUUCGGGCCAUCCAGCUCAUGCUGAAUACAGAAGGCAUUUACAGAAUCUUGGGGACUUCGCCAAUUCUGAUGCAGAGUUUACCGAAUAUGGGAUUUCUGAAUCUGAAGGAAGUGGCUUGUUGGGGAAUGAAGAACCGUCAUGGGAGAUUAGACGGUCAUGUCUGGAAUGGUGCAGUGAACACAACAUUGAAUUCAUUGAAGCUUGUGCUUCCAAUGCUGAUUUUGACAAAUGUUUAUCGGUUGAUGGUGAUUCACAAGGCGUUGACCGUCUCUAUGGUGCUCUUUCUGCUUAUAUGUGGCCUGGGAUGAUCUUGAAAUCUGGCAAUCAGAUAUGUAAACCAUCAUUGCCUGGAAAAGAAGAGUUGUCAUCAGGAGAAUCUGAUUAUGAAUUUGAAUAUGAAAUCCUGUCUGCGGGUUCAGCUGAACCUUGGGAUGACACGGAUAAAGGAUGGGUUUCUGCAAAUGGUAUUACCUCAUUUCCAGAUAGGGUGAGUUGUGUUGCUCAGAAUGGAUCUGUCAUGGAACAUGAUCGGGAGAAUGUACCUGGAUCUGAUGAAGAAAAGCUGCAGCCUUCAACAUCAAUGGCUCCGUUGCAGGAUGAGAAUGACCUCGGUGUGAUAGCCGAUGCAUCUGAGAAAGCCACAGAGCCAGAUGAGGGCACGCAUUUUGACUUUGAGGAUUUGGAACAGUUGAUGUCUGAGGUUGGGAACAUGCGUGACAGUUUGAGAUUGAUGCCAGAUUUUCAGAGGAGGGAAAUGGCAGCAAAACUAGCCAUGAAAAUGGCUUCCAUGUUUGGGGAUGGCAGUGAUGAUGACGAUGACCACGCCUGAAAAUGGUUCUUGGCGUCAUCCACAAGCUGAUAUUGGGAAGGCCAUUAGCCAGUCCGUUUUAUGAACAAAACUUCUCAUCUUUCAUGUUGCCUUUUGUUCUCUGCUGCCCAUAUCACAGCAAAACAUGGUUAGUCUGGAAUUAAUUUGCCUGUGAUGUACUUAUCAAAAAACAAAAAAAUUACCUGGAUGUGCUCCAAAUAUUGAAGAUGUUAGUUAAACUUACAGUUAUCUAUUACUUAAUACCGAGAGGGGGUUUGGGAA